AUGGGAUUUUUGAGUGGUGUGCUUGAUGCGGUGAAAGAUGAUGAUGCGGUUAAAACGUAUGAUAAAGAUGAUGAUAAUAACAUUAAUACAGUUAUUAAGAAAUUACAAUCUCAAAUUGGCUCCGGGCGUGAUGGGCUUGUGGCGUCUGUCGACGCGGUGAAGGGGUGGUUGGAGGGGUAUGAUAAUUUUUAUAAAGCUUCAACAGCUCUAAUCACUAGCCACAUAGAUAAACUCAAAACUAAUAUAGAUGAUAAAUACAUGAAGACAGUGAAUAGUAAUAGAGCGAGGCCAUUGGCCGAGCAACAUGAGUCAUGGAAGACUUCGGUCACUGAGAUGGAGCAGCACAUAAAAAGUACUGACACAGCGUACAUAAAAGCAGUCGAUACUUGUUUGCAAAAUAAGAUAAAAACAGAUUUAAAACCAAUUCUAGGUGCUGUUGUGAUGCUGAAAAAAUCGUCAGAACAUCCUGAUUUGAGGAAGCAGGUGAAACAUUUAGAUGAGGAAUUUUUGAAGCAGCAGAAGAUACUCCAAGAAUCAAUGUUCGUUAAGUUUUCCAAAAUAUAUAAGGAGCUCGGUAAUUUGAGAGAUAAGAAAACACUGGAAAUAGGGUGUAUUUUGGAUGUUGUGCAGGCUUCAAAACAGUGUGCUAAGCAAUAUUACGAUAAAUUUGACGGGACAUAUACGUAUGAAAUUCGUAAUACAUUCUACGAGAUAGAAGGGAAAUUGAGGGAAAUUAACCCAACUGAUGAAUAUAUUAUUGGGGGUGACGGUAGUAACUCCCUAUUCAAGCGAGUGGUCAUGGAUCUUAGAUCGGGAGUUGAGAAGAUAGGUAAACAGCUCAGUGUCAGAUCGCAGGAGUUGGGAAAUUGGAAGGUUGUGGCUGACAGUGCUGUGAGGGCUGCAAAAGCGAAGUGUGAGCAAAUACUACAAAUCGUUUAUAACGAACAGGGGGUAACGUACACGGAGACUGGUAAGCAUGCGGAAGAAUUAAAGAAAAAGGCUAAAAGUCUAUUACGAGCUUACCAGUCGGUGCAAGAAAAGGUCGAACCUCUGGAAGGCAAUAUUAAGAGAGUGCUGGGAGUAUUGGAAGACAAAAUUCGAGAGGAUUUGCAUACUCUCAAAGAAGCGAUUAAAGAUGAUUUAAAUAAAGUUAUUCAAAAGCUUAAGCAGGGGAUUGACGCUGCCACACGUAAGGAAGCAAGGGCCAUCACAGCUGUUCAAGAGUUCUAUGAAGGCUUGGGAGGUAGAGAUGGUGUUGCUCCGAAAUUGAAUGCAUGGGCUGAGCAGGCGAUGAGUAGCGGAAGCCUUAAAAAUGCCAUACAGGCUUUAGAGCAACAUGAUAAGUUAUUCGAAAAAUUCCAAGAUAUUCUAAAGCAGCUUGAUGUAAAUCAAAAUAGUAUAGGAAAAUUUUACGAGGUACUCACCCAAGAUUUGGACGCCAAGGUAGAUGGCCAAUUGCCUAAGGAAAGUGCAAGUAAAGUGAGACUUGAUGUACUCAAAGCGUAUGCGAAAGAAAAAAACCAAAAAAGUAUUCCGAAGAGCCAGUAUCAAGAAUUGCUUGAAAACGUUUCCCAUGCGCUAGACAAGUACAAGGAUAUGCCUGAAUUCGGAGAUAAUAGAGCACAGUUGACUAGCGGCACCAUCCUCGGUGCUGAAAACGCAGUUAACGCCCAUGUUGAAGUCAUCACCACCCAACUGAACAAUGUCGCCGGGUUGGUUGAACAAGCAAAGAAGAAGCAGUUGCAGAGAGCCGGUGAGACUGAUGGCGUCAAGGAAUAUUUGCAGGAUUUGGAAGGUAUGCUUCGAAAAAGUAUAAAUGCGAAACUUGCCACAGAAGAAUUAAAAGCGCAUACCAUAAAGGGCCUCCAACAUAUCAACGACGAACUCGGUACACUCAACACAACCAAUGUAGAGGGUGCUAAGCAAGCCGUCGACGAAGUACUUGCGAAAGUAGACGAGCUACAGAAAGUCCCGGAGAGGGUGAAACAAUUGCGAGCAGAUACGGAGAUUUUAAUGGAUAAUAUAAAACAUCAGUUUUACACUGUUGAAGGCACCAUUAAUAACAUUGGUCAUACGGUAGAGGAAGCUAAUAAAUCGUUAACCAGUGCCAUAAAUUCGCUAGACGAUGUUGUUCGAAAAGCCGAGAAGCAUCUCCUCACCGCCGUCUCCCAAGCCUUCCAAUCCCUCACCGCCGCCGUCCGCUCCCUCUUCGCCGAGCAGAAAAAGGCCGACCUCCAGGCGCUCAAGGGGGUGGUGGAGGAGCAGAAAAGGGUUAUCGAGGAUAUCAUUGAUAAAGACAAAAGGACCGGAAUUAAGGGCUUACUGAAGGCUGUAAACGGUAUUAAGGUGACUGCAAAUGCAAAUGAGAUUCCUACUUUUAAUGAUCGUUCGCCUAAUCUGUUUGACGCAAUUAUACAGGUUGCUCCUCCACUGACGUCGAAACUAACAGGCGAACAAUAUCUUCAGCUAUUCCAACAAUUAUCUACCAAAUUGUACGACUACUACAAUAACGUUGACACGUAUAUCAACAACCAAGUCACCGACCCAACCAAAACAGUAACCUCCCCCCCUCCCACCGACCAACCCACCGACCCAGCCAACCAGCUAACCAAAAUCAAAAGUGACUUCGACAAUUUACUUGGACAUCUUCAAAAAAAUACUAAAAAGUAUAAUUACGAUAAUGAAUUUGUUAAAUUGCGUGAUCACCUCACCUCCUCCCUCACCGCUCUCUCCCCCUCCGCCUUCGCCAACCCCCGGCACCCGGAGCUGCUCGAUGCGGUAAGAUCGGGGCUGCAGGGGCUUGUCAAGGAGAUGGAGCGGGUGUAUGUGAACGGGUAUGAUGAUGGAACAUUAAUCAAUUUUACGUUAAAUCCACUUGUUAAAAAUGAUGCUGGUAAAAAUUCUGGUCAAAACGAAAAAUUAACGCCUUACGGUGAAAAGCUGUCUAAGGUCUGUUUGACUGUUGUCUCUAACUUGCACAUUGCCUUUAAAGUUCUGAAGAAGUAUUGUUAUACGGAACAGAGAUUUCAGAAAAUUAACAAAAACACAGAUGUUGGAAUGUUCUUUUACCAUCAAGGCUAUGAUGUCUCCGUCAAAGAGAAGCAAAAGGGGGAGUUAGAUAAGAACGUUGCUGCCACAAAAAUCAAAAAGCUUCUGAUUAGCGACGAUUACAAGCAUAUAUACCACACAGAUAAAGACACCAAACUUGCGCUUCAGAUGCUGAACGAGCACCUUAACGAUUACUAUCAAGUCUGUCACGUCUCAACGUUUGCUGCCAAGAAGCGGCCAUGUAACGUGUUCGAAAUACUUUGUUGGCUGUCAGGGCUUCCAUGCAGUUCCGUUUAUGAAGAAGUUCUGCGUGAUGCUGUGAGUGAAUUAUUUGAGGAUCCAAAUAAACAGGUCGCAGCAGAUCUCGACGGGUUUGAGAUAACUGUUACAGACAUGAGAGAUGACUUCCUCCCAGCGCAUCCAAACAACAUGUUAUAUGAUGAUACACGGAAAGCGGUGAUGCGUUUGUGCUCAAAGUCAUAUGACGUUCUGACCAGAAUCGUCGGUUACGGAAAUGCUCAUACCAUGUACGCCGUCGACUACUGCGCCAAUUCGCUUAACUUUCACUACCCAUCCAAGGGCGAAGAUUGCCUCCAGAUGCUACUGGAUGUCCUAAGCAGGUUGUACCCGCCACUGAGAUUUUUGUAUAGGCAAUGUAGCAUCGGUGCUCAACACUACGGGUGGGCCGAUUGUGUAUACGGCCAGAACGUCCCAUCAGCUAAAUGGCAAUGUAACGAGCACCCAAAAGACAAAGCAACGAGCCAAGUAGGGUGUUUGCCAACGUGCCAGGCAAAUACCCAACCAAAUUGCCAACCAAACUCCCCUUUAAUGAGCUACCUCAACGACUGCUUACCUGGCCACUUGCCUCAUCAUGUCAGUUCCAUAGGGUGUAGAGCUGUAUGUUCAACGUGCCCGAAAGCUAAGAAGGGUAUGCCGUGUUUGACACCUCUCGGUUUCAGGGGGUUUUCUGGUAGUGAGAAGACGGGUAGAGCAUUAUGUGAGAUGCUAGAAAAUUUC